CCUAGCCCAGCCUGUGCUAGGUAGAGGACAGCCAGCCACGCCACUUGCUUUAGCCUAGAACCAUCCCCCCCAAAUCCUGGAGGUAUCCUGGUGCUUGAACUGAUUUUGCAGGCUGUAAAGGCAGCCUGGACCUUUAAGAGCAGCAGUUCCCAGUGCAGCUCUUCCUGGGAGCUUGGGAGCAAACAAGGAAAGCCUGAGCUGACUGCCUGAGAGGCAAAAUGAACAUCCAAGAGUAUUUCGGAAGAAUAUCUUACAACAAGCCCCAUAAGGAUGCAGACUUGCAAACCUUAACAGCCAUCUUCCAGCAUCACAUCCAGGCAAUUCCUUUUGAGAACCUCAGCAUGCAUUGCGGGGAGAGCAUCGAACUGGACUUGCAGACCACUUACGAUAAGAUUGUGCGAAAGAAACGUGGUGGAUGGUGCCUGGAAACCAACCACCUCUUAUUUUGGGCCUUGCAAGGAUUAGGGUAUGACAUCUGCAUUCUUGGUGGGAAUAGUUAUGAACCAGCAGAGAGGGCAUACACUGCUGAGAUGAACCAUAUCCUGCUGAAGGUGGUGAUCCAGGGAAAUUCCUACAUAGUAGAUGCCGGUUUUGGUGGUGCCUACCAGAUGUGGCAGCCACUGAGGCUGAUUUCUGGGAAGGAUCAACCCCAGGUCCCUGGAAUCUUCCGCUUCACGGAAGACAACGGUACCUGGUACUUUGAGAAAGUCAAAAGGAAGCAUUACAUUCCUGAGCAAAGUGAGACUCCCCACUUCACUGACACUCCAGGAGUGGGGAACAUCAGAAAAAUAUACAGAUUCACUCUUGAGCCACGACACAUAAAUGACUUUCAGGAGUUAAACACGUACCUCCAAGUGUCUCCAGAUAACAUACUUCAGAAGAAGUCAAUCUGCAGUCUCCAGACCACGGAAGGGCUCAUUGCCUUGGUUGGAUGGACCUUGACUGAGGUGAAGUAUAACUACACAGAGGACACGGACCUGAUGCGCAUCACAACUCUUACAGACGAAGAGCUUGAGAAGACCCUGAAGGAUAAAUUCAAUAUAGUGCUGGAGAACAAACUUGUACCAGUAAAUGUUCGUGGCUUGCCACCUAAUUUAGUGGAUAAGAUCUAAUUCUAGCACUGUGCUGGAUGGAUCUGUAAGUAUCCAACAGAAAAGUUCUAAAAGUAACAUUAAUUACAUUAAUUGAGUCUGAAGUUGAACUAGACACAAAGCUUCGUAAACUUAAGUGCCUUGCUAGU